GCUGCACGAGAAACGAUGGAGCAGCUGAAACCAGAGAGAGGCUGGGACAGAGCAGCGUGGACCGGUAGCAGAAGCCUCAAGAAAGGGCGACCAGUCCUGGCCCAACAUCCAGACCCAGCACCUCCACCUGCCCGAGCUCAGCUGAACUCUCAGUCUGGAGGAAACAGACUGAGCUUCAACAUGGAGAUGUUCUUCACUACACUGGCAGUCCUGUUGCUAGCAGUCUCAGUGAGCUCUCAGGAAAUGCCUUACGAACACAUGCUGUCCCAGCUGCAGGCGUGUCCCAAAGAGUGCCGCUGUCCUCCAAACUUUCCCAACGCUGUCUACUGUGACAACCGGAGUCUGAAACACAUCCCCACAAUUCCUCCUUUCACCUGGUACCUGUACCUGCAGAACAACCUCAUUGAGGUGCUUUCCGCUGAUGCCCUCCGCAAUGCCACACAACUUAAGUGGAUCAACCUCAACCGCAACAAGAUCUCAAACGAGGGUGUUGAGGACAACGCCCUCAAAGCCAUGACCAGUCUGGUGCACCUCUACAUGGAUGACAACCUGCUGACUUCUGUACCCUCCCCACUCCCACCAAAGCUGGAGCAACUGCGCCUCUCCAGGAACAAGAUCUCAAAGAUCCCAGCUGGUGUCUUCUCUGGGCUGAACCGUCUCACCCUGCUGGACCUUCAGGGGAACAAACUACAGGAUGAUGCAGUGACUGAAGUGAGCCUUAAAGGCCUGAGUAAUUUGGUUCAGAUCAACCUGGCAAAGAACCAACUGAACACCAUGCCUCCUGGUCUUCCCCCGACCACCACACAGCUCUACCUGGAUGGCAACAACAUCGAGAAGAUCCCUGACGAAUAUUUCAAAGGGCUUCCCAAGAUAGCUUUCCUGAGGCUUAAUCGCAACAAGCUAGCCAAUGGAGGGUUCCGAAGGAAUGUCUUCAACAUCUCCAGCAUGCUGGACCUGCAGCUUUCCUACAACCAGAUUUCAGAGGUUCCAUUUAUUCCUUCCAGCCUUGAGCAUCUUCACCUGGACCACAACAAAAUCAAGAGCGUGAACGGCUCCGAAGUAUGCCCAGUGUCUAGUGCCAUGCUCAACGCCUACUUUGAAGAGAGAGGUCCUCGACUCCGUUACCUCCGUCUUGACGGCAACGAAAUCAAGCCCCCCAUCUCCAGAGAGCUGAUGGUCUGCUUCCGUCUUCUCAGGGCUGUAGUGAUAUAAAUCUAAAGCUUCACUACAACUGAAUUGUCCCAAAGCAAUCAGAAAUGCAGAUAAAUAACACAACACAAAAGGUCCAGAGCAAUUUACUUCAAAUAUUCAGAAGAAAUAAAAUAGUGAACACAAAAUAAUGAAUGAUUUCCAGUAAAAGCCAACUUGUGAUGCCGAGGAUCAGAUUCUCUUGAUAAUGUUUGCACUUGUACACAGUAGAAAGACAAGCCGAAGUUGUUCAGAGAUGCAUUUUGUAGACAGCUUCCGAUGUGACUUCACCGUCGUGCCUUCUUUUAUUCCUUUUAGAUCAAAGCUGAGUACGAGGGAAACUGCAUUGUCUGUGUAGUUACUGCACUCUUAAAAAUAAAGGCACCAAAAAGGGCUCUUUGUGUGAUGCACUUUUGGUUCCGUAUAAAACUUUUCAAUGAAGAACCCUUUUUGUACAUGAAGAAAAGUUUAAGGAACCUCUACACACUGUAAAGGUUCUAAUAUCUUAAACUGGUACAGGUUCUCUCUUCAUACUUGGAAUUUUUUGUUUUUUCCAAAUAUGACUUCAUGAGGAAACCAAAAGUGUUUUUUCUAUGUAUGUGUAAAAAGAUGGUUCUUAAUGGAUAAUAUAAAGAACAAGAACACUUGGAUUCAUGGAGAACAUGUUGUAUAUGGUUCCUUAUAUAUUUUAAAUGGUUCUAUAUAGCACCAAUAAGAGUUCUGCUAUUUUUACAAUGUCAAGCUUAUAAAAAUACAAGAACUCUUUUUGUGUCAUAUAGAAACAACACAUUCUCCAUCAAUCUGAAGAACUAUCUUUUUUAAGAGUGUGGCAUCGCUCAAAGAACCCUUUUUGGCUCCUUUUCUUAAGAAUGUGAAUAUUCUGAAGACAGUUAUUCUCAUAUUCACUUAAAGCUGAACUAUGUACGUUUUGGAAAUAUCAGAUUCAUCCCCUUGGGGAAGGGGUCCAAAGCGCAACCGAUGUUACCAAAUGUUCUUCUGUAAUUGUGUGCAAUUACACUUUUCCACCAGAGGGGUUUCCAAAUCCCUAAAACUUCCAUAGUGUAGCAUUUUACCAGCAUUAUUUAUUUUCCAUUUAUUGGUAAAGGCAGGUGAUCGGAUUGCAAUCAAGUCAUCUUAGCACACUUUGCUGUAUCCCCUUUUAAUAUAUAGUAAGAUAAAUUACAUAACACUACUGUGUUGGACAGUGAUUCUUUUCUUAUGGAGCCAAGUAUAUGCUGAAAAACGUACAUUUUUUUGUAGUAGGUGUUAUAAGUAUGAUUGCCGUACAUUGUAGUCAAAGCUGGACGACUUACUGUCACAACACUGCUGUGGCAUCAUGAGUAGUUUGCGAAUAGACAAAGAAAAGCAAGCAUUCCGUUUUCUAGGGCGAUCUAGUCUUUCAUAUAACCAGUGGUGGAAUUGGUCAGAGGUCUGCUACCCAUUUUUUAAUGAGUAUGAAGCGAGGUGGUGGAGAUAUUGAUGAAAAGUGAGUUCGGUCCAUUUCCACAAGUUCAUAUAACAUGCAUUGUUAGACAUUUUGGUAGCCAAACCACGACUUUUAAUGGCUUUGUUUUUUAAACUUGUGAAGCUAUUUUUACAGUGUGCUAUAUUCGUGCAUUCAGGAGAAUUUAUUUUUAUUUCAUUCCCUUUGUAUGUCACAUCGAGCAGUUCAUGUUAGCGACCAUUUUUCAUUAUGUAUUCUAUUGAUGUCAGGAGAAGUCUACGCUGCAUAGCAUUUUAUGCUAAGAAAAUGUUUCAAAUACAUGAAAAAGAAGCCACAGUCUAUGUGUUUAUGAAUGCUGUGGAUGUGACCACAGAUGCAAGACAUUAUGCAAUUUUAAAAGGUGCUUCCCAAAAACGUUGCUGUGUUUUCAAAUUAGUAAUGUGCUUCUAACUGUAAUUAUAACAUUUCAUAAAUAAAUACCUGUGUAAAUGUUCACGUAUUGCACAAAUGGAAUAAAAGUCCUCAUUGUUUUUUUUGUUUUUACACUGCAUAUCUACUAGUGAAAAAGCAAUGUGACAAAAUCCUAAUGUAUCUUUUAUUUUAUGAACUAUUCAGACUGUAUUACAUAGUAAAAGUACUAAAAUUGGAUUUUGGAUGUUCUUCAGACUUGAUUAAAUGACUCUCUGAUUCAGCA